AUGUCGUCUCCCGCAUCUACCCCGCAGUCGGAGACUCCCAAUAGCAAUGGCGUGAGCUUGCCUUCUCGCCCCCAGCCUAAGCUCUUUGCGAGCCAGGAUGGAAGCUCCGGCUCCGAUCAUGCCGUUGGAAGUGCUUUGCGACAGCCGUCCCCGCAGCCCACUCACUUGGGGAUUCCCGGUACCCCGCACCGUGUGCUCUCCGAAGAGGACCCAGGCUAUAUCGCGGCUACCUUCGAGGGCAAGCAGAAACAGAUGGAACAAGUUAUGGACAUAUUGGAGGAAAAGGGCUUCUUCCCUAGUGACUUUGUCAUCUCCGAAACCACCUGGUUCUAUAACAAGCUUGGCAUCGAUGAUACAUACUUCCAGACCGAGUCUGUGGAUGCCAUUGUGACCCAGAUCCUGUCCCUCUACGCCGCCAAAGUCGCCGCCUAUGCCCGCGAUGAUAAACAGUUGGAGAUUCGUCUGGACAAAGAGGCCGAGGACCAUGCUGUCUACAUCGAUACCAGCCGGCCCGGUACGGUUUCCGUCGAUGGUCCACGCUACGAGCAGCGCAUCGAUGAGAAGUACAUCAACCACUCCAAGGGUGCCAACAGCUACCGUGUGGAGACUUUCCGCUCGCCUAGCACUCUGCCAGGCGACAACGGCCAGCAGCUCCGCUGCUACUUCGUGUACAAGUGCCUGUUUGCCAACCCCAACCCCUCACCGAAUGAGACCAACAUCGAUAUUAUUGGCGAGAAGCGCUUCUUGCAGAAGGCCACCCCCAACACCAAGGCGAUUUACCAGGAAAUCAUCACCACAGCCGUUGGUCGCUCCGGUCCCGUCAUCGAGAUGUUCGAAAUCGAGGGAAGCCGGGAAAAGCGUCUGGUUAUUGCGUACCGCCAGGGAUCCGCUAUGGGCUUGUUCAGUGCCCUGUCAGAUUUGUACCACUACUACCGCUUGACCAGCUCGCGCAAACAACUCCGAGAUCUCAGCCAAGUUCCCCCCAUUGAGGCUGCUAUCCACCAGAUCAUGAAGGAGGUCUCCCUCUUGUACUGUAUCCCUCAGAACCGCUUCCAGGGCCACUUCGCCACUGGUCGUCUGAGCUUGCAGGAGACAAUCUACGCUCACUGCGCCUGGGUGUUCGUACAACAGUUCCUCAAUCGUCUGGGUUCAGAAUACACUUCGUUGGCUGCUCUUUUGGACAGCAACAACAGUGUGCAUGCAGAGUUGCUCUCAAAGAUCAAGAAGCGUCUGCGUACAGAGACCUUCACUGCUGAUUACAUCUUUGAGAUUAUCAACAAAUACCCCGAGCUCAUCCACAAGCUCUACCUUGACUUCGCCAACACCCACUACGUUCAGACCCAGGGGUCUGGUGACGACUUCCUCCCUACCCUCAGUUACCUGCGUCUGCAGGUCGACGAGGUCCUCGAUGGCGCCAAGCUGAAGCAGCUCAUCCGUGGCACCGCCCUCAACGAGCACGACGAGAUGGUUAUGACCUCCUUCCGCGUGUUCAACGCCUCCAUCCUCAAGACCAACUUCUUCACCCCGACCAAGGUGGCUCUCAGCUUCCGCUUGAAGCCGGACUUCUUGCCAGAGCACGAAUACCCCCAGCCCCUCUACGGCAUGUUCCUGGUUAUCAGCUCCGAGUUCCGCGGUUUCCACCUGCGCUUCCGCGACAUUGCUCGUGGUGGUAUCCGUAUUGUGAAGAGUCGAAACGGUGAAGCAUACAACAUCAACGCUCGUUCGUUGUUCGAUGAGAACUACAACUUGGCCAAUACCCAACAGCGCAAGAACAAGGAUAUCCCCGAAGGCGGUGCCAAGGGUGUCAUCCUCUUGGAUGCUGACCACCAGGAUAAGGCGCGGGUCGCCUUCGAGAAGUACAUUGACAGUAUUCUCGAUCUGCUCCUGCCCCCCGUCAGCCCCGGUAUCAAGGAUCCGAUCGUUGACCUGCACGGCAAGGACGAGAUCCUCUUCAUGGGCCCUGACGAGAACACCGCUGAGCUCGUCAACUGGGCCACCGAGCACGCUCGCAGCCGUGGCGCUCCCUGGUGGAAGUCGUUCUUCACUGGCAAGAGCCCCAAGCUGGGUGGUAUUCCCCACGACGCUUACGGCAUGACCACUCUUUCAGUCCGCCAAUACGUGCUCGGAAUCCAGCGCAAGCUGAACAUCGACCCCUCUACACAGCUCAAGCUGCAGACCGGUGGUCCCGACGGCGAUCUUGGUUCCAACGAGAUUCUUCUCUCCAACGAGAAGUACGGAGCCAUUGUUGAUGGAUCCGGUGUGAUCUACGACCCGAACGGUCUGAACCACGAGGAGCUCCUCCGUCUGGCUAAGAAGCGUGCGAUGAUCUCACAGUUUGACUUGACCAAGCUGUCCCCCGAGGGCUACCGUGUCCUGGUCGACGAGAAGAACGUCAAGCUCCCCAGCGGCGAGAUCGUCCACAACGGCAUGAUCUUCCGUAACACAUACCACCUGCGCUCACAGGAGAAGUUCGACGUGUUCGUGCCUUGCGGUGGCCGCCCUGAGUCCAUCGAUCUUGCAUCCGUCGGCAAGCUCAUUAGGGACAACAAGGCCAUCAUCCCCUACAUCGUCGAAGGUGCCAACCUGUUCAUCACCCAGGACGCCAAGCUGCGCCUCGAGAAGGCUGGCUGCAUCCUGUACAAGGAUGCCUCUGCUAACAAGGGUGGUGUGACAUCUUCCUCCCUGGAAGUCCUCGCCUCGCUGUCUUUCAACGACGAGGAGUUCGUCGAGAACAUGUGCAUCCGUGAGGACGGCACCGUUCCCGAGUUCUACAAGGAAUACGUCCGUGACGUGCAGGAUGUCAUCCAGUCGAACGCCGCUCUCGAGUUCGAGGCCAUCUGGCGCGAACACCAGCAAACUGGUGUGCUUCGCAGUGUACUCAGUGACCGUCUCAGCUUGGCUAUCACCAAGCUUGAUGAGGAACUUCAGAUGACUGAGCUCUGGGACAAUGUCGCGCUCCGUCGCUCUGUUCUUGGUGACGCUCUACCCCGUCGUCUGUUGGCGAAGAUCGGUCUGGAAACCAUCUUGGAACGUGUCCCUGAGAACUACCUCCGUGCCAUCUUCGGCAGCUACUUGGCUAGCCGUUUCGUGUACGAGUACGGCAACCAGCCCAGCCAGUUCUCCUUCUUCGACUUUAUGACCAAGCGCAUGGCUAAGCUUCAGUCGUAA